GUUGCUUUUGUUUAUGUGAAGUCACCAUGGUUAGAGGUUUAGAUCCAGACAGUCUUGCGCCCUUUGAACCAGUUACGUUACUAAUACUGGCAGACAACUCCUGUGUGCGUGGAUUGACGUAGUGGUUGAGAAAGAUGCUUUGCUGUGAAAUACCACAGCUAGUCUGUACACAGCAAAGGAAUGUUACACCAAGAAGUAAUGUAAUAGGAAAAAAAUGGAUCUGUUUGAGAGCCUGACUAAUCUGUACUAGUCACAACACCUGUUCCAGUUGUAAUCUCUUCCUAAUUCUGUUUUGCUCCUGUCCAAAUUCUCCUCUAUCCCCUGCCCUCAAGUUCUGCCCUGCUUUCCUCAUAACCCGCUACCAUGGUAUGUCUUUCCCCUCUGCUUCUUUCCACAUUGCAGACAGGCCACUUCCUCUUUCUCCCUCUCUCUUAUCGAAGCAUCAAUAGAGGGAGCACUCCGAGCACAUUUCCUGUGUGGGGGGCCACGCUGACCUCCAGCAAGCAAGAGCUGCUCUUGCAAUAAAACUUGUUCCCGGCCCUGUGGUGCGUCCUGGAGAAGGCUCGCUGCAAGGGGGAGCAUGGGGAGUUCAGCUGUGGAGGCGAUCGUGGAAUUCGACUACAAAGCUCAACAUGAUGAUGAGCUGACGAUCACUGUAGGUGACAUAAUCACCAAUAUCAAGAAGGAUGAUGGAGGCUGGUGGGAAGGACAGCUCAAAGGCAGAAGAGGUUUGUUCCCUGACAACUUUGUAAGAGAAAUAAAGAAGGAUAUGAAGAAGGAAAAUAUUGCCAACAAACCACCAGAGAAGCCUAUAAAUGAAGUUUCCAAUGGAAGCCCUUUACUGUUGUCUGAGACAAUUAUUAGAACCAACAAAAAAGGAGAGAGAAACAGACGAAGAAGAUGUCAGGUGGCUUUCAGUUAUUUGCCUCAAAAUGAAGAUGAACUGGAAUUAAAAGUUGGUGACAUCAUUGAAGUUGUGGGAGAGGUAGAAGAGGGCUGGUGGGAAGGUAUACUUAAUGGAAAGACGGGCAUGUUUCCUUCCAACUUCAUAAAGGAACUGUCUGAUUCUGACGAUGUUGGAACAGCACAGGAAGAGCAAGUAAAGCCAAGCCUAAAAGAUACUACAGGCUCUGAGAGUGAUGGUGGUGACUCUUGCAGCACAAAAUCAGAAGGAGCCAAUGGAGGCACGACAAUCCAACCCAAAAAGGUCAAGGGUGUUGGCUUUGGAGAUAUCUUCAAAGACAAACCUAUAAAACUACGGCCAAGGUCAAUAGAAGUUGACAAUGAUUUUGUCUCAGUAGAUAAGAGUGUUGGGAAGAAAUUACCUCCAUCUACAGCAACUCAGGAGCCAACAAAAAUAGAAGUGGACAGCAGAACAAAAACCAAGGAGUAUUGCAAAGUGAUAUUUCCAUACGAAGCACAGAAUGAUGAUGAACUCACAAUCCGAGAAGGUGAUGUCGUCACACUUAUCAGUAAGGAUUGCAUUGAUGUAGGUUGGUGGGAAGGAGAACUGAAUGGCAGACGAGGAGUGUUUCCAGAUAACUUUGUCAAGCUUCUUCCUUCUGAUUUUGAAAAAGAGAGACCGAAGAAACCACCACCUCCAUCAGCUCCUGUCAUCAAACAAGGAUCAGGUACCACAGAUCGAAAGCAUGAAGUCAAAAAGGUGCCUCCUGAAAGGCCAGAAUGUCUUCCUAAUCGAACAGAAGAAAAAGAAAGACCAGAGAGAGAGCAAAAACAGUUAGACUUGCAGAAGCCUUCAGUUCCUGCUAUACCUCCGAAGAAACCUCGGCCACCCAAAGCAAACUCUGUGAAUAGACCUGGUACCUUGCCCCCAAGACGGCCAGAAAGACCAGUUGUGCCUGUGACUCACACAAGGAGCGAUAGUCCAAAAGUGGAAUUAGUGGGCAGUACAGUAUCCGGCACUCUAGAGAAAGACUCCUCUGAAAGAAGCAAUGACAUUGACUUGGAAGGUUUUGACUCUGUAGUACCAAUUGCUGAGAAGCUUAAUCAUCCAACUACAACCAGACCAAAAGCUACUGGCAGGCGACCGCCCUCUCAGUCUCUCACAUCUUCGUCCCUUUCAAGCCCGGAUUUCUUUGACUCACCAAGUCCUGAAGAAGAGAAGGAGGAACAUGUUUCCGUUACACACAAAACUAUUGAAGUGUCAAGGAAAUCAAGAACUGUUACAAUAUCACAAGUGUCUGAUAACAAAACUUCCUUGCCUCCGAAACCAGGAGGUUUGGCUAGUGGCGGUAAUGUACAACCAUCUCUAUCCCCUUCACCGUCACCUGGAUUUCAUUCAAUUGCUAUGGGAACAACAGGCCACAGGUCAAAUUCCCCAUCCCUGUUUGGUACUGAAGGAAAGCCAAAGACUGAACACUUGAGCCAAGGUCAGACUGCCCUGGAGGAGCUGAGAACACAAAUUAAGGAGCUAAAAAUCAUCAUUGAAACGAUGAAAGACCAGCAAAAAAAAGAGAUUAAGCAGUUGCUGUCUGAGUUGGAUGAAGAAAAAAAGAUCCGUCUACGAUUGCAGAUGGAGGUUAAUGACAUAAAGAAAGCUCUUCAAUCAAAGUGAAUACUUGAUAGAUGGAAUGUUGCAUUAUUCUACAUGACUGAGACUCAAAUUUAUGCCCCAGCCAAAAUAACUUUGUGCCAAAUGAUUUAAGAAUUGCCUCAACAUCCCUUUAUUGAAGGAUUAGCACAACAGUUUUUGAUAGCACAACAAAAAUACCAACAGUGAGGAAAAAAUCUCCACACGAAGUGGUGCUGUGUGGCACUAGUUGUGACUGAAAUUGAUCUUCUUGUGCUAAAGGCUCUCUACUUCAAGAUCAUAGGUGAAAUGAAAACUCAGGCAGUUUAGUCCAUAGUGGUACUAUUUUGAUGAUAUUUUUCCAUAAAUAAAGUGUAUUUCAGAUUAUCUGUUUACAAGCUUUAUGAUUUUGAUUUUUGGUUUUUAAUUGUCUUUUGUCACAGAUUUUAAAAUGUUUGUACUGCAUAUAGCCAGGAAUGAAUGUUAACGUUGGGGCUGGAGGGAUUAUUUUUGCUUCGAGAUAGAACAGCCUACUUCUUGUUACGGUCUUAAGUUCUGUUAAAUAUGCAAUUUCAUGUCCCCCGACCCCCCUACAAUGAACCUUACGUUGUGUACAGUAAUGUAUUUAGGAGAAGAACACCAACGAAACAAAAAUCUGGUCUUUGCAAUGAUUUGUGCCUUUCUUUGCCACACUCUGACUGGAGCUGGUUGCAAGCCGGGUCUCCGUCACGUAGCUCCCCCCGACUCCUGUCACUGGUGUCCGGUAGAGGUCACGCUCGUCGUGUGCAGCUGCUCCGUACGGCCAGGCUCGUGCGAGGCGGCGGGACAGAGCGGCGCAGUUGAGAGCAGCUUUGUCAUUAUCAGCUGUGGCUUUUUAGCUUUCCUGUUUUUGAUAGGCAUCUCCUUUGGUUUUGAAUGUUCAUCUCGCUUGAUUUUCCGUAGACGAUUUCAGCGCCCGCCUCCGUCCCCGAUUUUGCACAGAGUGAACAGAAUAUGCAUUAUUAAAGCAAAAAUAAAUAAAAGUAAACUAUAAAACAUGAAUAAAAAGUUGUAUUAUCUACUGCA